GGGCACAACAUCAACAUAUUUAACAUAUGUCAACACGCAGGACGUCCUCCAACGACCAGGAGCAUCGCAACGCGGCUACCCAUCGUUACGCGUCUCAGUAAAACGGUCCGGCCGUACCAUGGCAUCCUCCGCAUCGUCCAAACCGCCGGAGGAUGCGUCCAAGCUCGGCUACUCGUACGUCACGCCCGCCGGGAUGUGUCUCCGGUUUCGCCAGAGUCUCGCACAGUUUAGCGAUCUGUUUAGCGAGUUUAACAAAUACAUCGCACCCGCGUACCACCAUGACCGGUGCGAACGGUCCGUCCAUAUGCGGCUGUACUCGAUGAACAAGCGCGAGUUUGCCACCGUCUUUCUCGCGUUCUUUGCCUGCUUCGGGCUCGGCAUCUUUAUCGGGCUCGCCGGUCCACCGAUUACGGUGAUGAGCAAGGUAAGCGGCAGCACGCUGCAGCCGAACGGAAGCGCACCCGACACCGCCACCACCUAUCUGGCACGUGGCCCGUUCGUGAUGCGCACACCGCUGCUGACGACCUACUCCCAGCAGCUGUGGAUCAUCGCCAAGCUGACGACGGACAAUACGGACGACGAGAUGGUGGACAAGAAGUUUCACAUCAGCGUACAGAUCGAGGGCCUUACGGCGGAACACAAACCUAUGCCGGUGUACGGUGGGGCGCACAAUGGCGGGGCGGAUGUGAAAAAUCGCACGCGCCAUCUGUCCUGCAGCUACGAGGAGUGCGACGAGUUUACCGUGCUGCAUAUCGGCUUUCUCGACUACGCGCACUACAUCGUGACGGUGCAGUUUUACGGACUGGAAGCGUUUCACCAGCGGUACAACAUACGGAGCGUACAGUUUUACUUCAAAUCGUACAAUCCCGCCUUCACGCAGAUUGAGAUCUGGUUCCGGUUCAUCUUUGUGCUGUUUACGUUCAUCAUCACGUGCUGGUUUGCGCACACGUUGCGCAAAUAUCCGAUGAACGAUUGGUCGAUUGAGCAGAAAUGGCUGUCGAUACUGUUGCCGCUGCUGCUGCUAUUUAACAAUCCUAUCUUUCCGCUCAUCUUUAUCGCCAACAACUGGUUCCCCGGUAUAAUCGAUGCACUGCUCCAGACUACCUUCCUGUGCGGUAUACUCAUGUUCUGGCUCUGCGUGUACCAUGGGUUGCGACAGAAUGAGCGAAAAUUUCUAACCUUCUACCUGCCGAAGCUGAUCGUCGUGCUGCCGAUCUGGCUGUGUGCGGUCGUGCUGGGCAUAUGGGAGAAGUGCGACGAGCUCAACGAUCCCACCUACAGCCACUUUGAAGAUUCCGAAAAUUAUAACGGUUUGAAGGUGUUUGUUUCGAUUGCUGGCGCUAUGUACCUACUGUAUCUGGGGCUGCUGAUGCUGAAAGCGUACUCCGAACUGCGUUCGAUGCCGUACUUUGAUAUGCGUCUGAAGAUACUAACACUCCUGAUGCUGAUCGUACUAUCGAUUUCGCUCAUCGUAACGAUGCAACACUUUGGCUUCGAUACGCUGGAGGAUAAUUUUAUCGCCCAGCUGUACACCAGCUACAAGAGCUCGGCCCAGUUUAUGUGCUUCUACGGGCUGCUAAACUUUUAUCUCUACGCAAUGGCCUACGUCUACUCACCGAGCGGUCCUGCGGUGCAUGAACCGAUCAUAGCGAAGGAUAAUCCAACGUUUUCGAUGAUCAACGAUUCGGACGAAGAGGUGAUGUACGGAUCGGACGAGGAAAGCCGCAGACCGCUGAAUUCGGCCUGCCGAAAGGGGAACGAUUACGAUAGCGAUUAA